UUCUAAACUUAACUUAAUCAAACAUAAUGAUAAAAAUAAUGUUGUGACAAGAAACAAAGCUACAUAUUCCUAACCAAACAGUUUAGUUUAUUUUAAAUAAAUGUUCCAAUCUUUUUACUUGUUCAGACACUACUGAGAUAGAAACAAUUUGAAUAUGUACGAUUAUGUAGUAUUUGGUCAUUGAAAUAUCUGAAACAACUUUGGAUAUAUUUUCAGUAAGGAAUCGUCAUACUUGGGUAUGGCAGGUAGCAUACCACGGAAACUAUGGGAGGGAAAGAUUCCAGCUGCAUUUAGCCUUGCUAGUUAUGAAGUAUCCAGUUCUAAGCAGCCUUCACCUGUUUAUAUGAUGCUGCCAAGGUCAUCUUACCUUUCUCUUUUUACUUCAAAAAUGGUCGAACAUUUUUCCCAUUAUAUGGAGGAGGAAAAGAGGGGAGAGGUAUGGUUUGAAUUCAACGGGAAUCCUCUGCGUUGGCAUUAUCCUUGUGGGCUUCUGUUUGAUCUGCACUGUGACACUACAUCUGAUUUACCAUGGCCUAUCACGGUACAUUUCCAGAACUUUCCUCAAGGGGAGUUGAUCCGUUGUAAUAGCGAAAAAGAGAUUCAAGCGCAUUACAUGUCUGUUAUCAAAGAAGCAGAUCAACUUAAGCAUAAAGGACAAGUGAUAAAUGGAAUGAGAGAAACACAGCAUGACCAACUUUGGCACGGAGUAAAGAUGGAUAAUUUUGAUGAGUUUUGGUCGAUAAACAAACAAUUCAUGUCCGGUUUUGAAACCACAGACUACUUUCGUUUUAUUCCAUUGCGGGUCUACUUUCAAAAUCGAAUAAUUCAAAAACUUUUUAAACCAAGUAAUAAUGAAAACCUCACACUAAAUGAAGCAUUGACAAUAUGCUUGCCUUCCUUUUUUGCCAACGAUAAAACAUUACCUUUAAAAGUGAAAGUUUUAACUCAGGGGAUAGAGCCACCUUUAACAUGCUCACUGCAGUGGCUAAGUGAAAAUUUUAGUUAUGCAGACAACUUCUUACACAUUUGUGUACACCAGUCAUGAAUUUUGUUUUAAAGAGUUUCAAAAACCAUUAGCAAAAUGCUUG